AUGACCCCCCUCCUCUUCACCACCUUCCUCAUCUCCCUCGCCCUCGUCGACCUGCGCCACUCGGCCCACCGCGCCCACUACCACGCCACCAACGCCGACGAGCAGCCGAGCCGCCUGCCCCCCUGGCUGCACCGCAUCGUCUACCGCUACCGGCCCUACCGCUACGACGCCGCUACUGAUGGUGCUGCUGCUACUGCUGGGAGGCCUGCCAGUCCGGGUAGUCCGGGUAGUCCGGGUAGUCCGGGGAGUUCGGGGGGUUUGGGGAGUCCGGGGAGUCCGGGGAGUUCGGGGGGUUCUGGAAAGGAUGGGGAGGGGUAUUAUCAUAGUAAGCAGCGGGAGCUGAUGCGGAUGGAGGCGGAGGAGGCGUUUGAGAUGCGUGGGGUGGUGGUGGUGGUGUUGGGGCUGAUCGAUUUGGGGUAG